ACUCCUAAACUUAAACUAAGUUCAGGGCGGGCUUAAAGGAAAAAGAAAUACGUGUGGAGUGAGGCUUCCUACCCUUGCGUUUCUGAAUAGGACAUAUUCCUAACUGGUCACAGAAGUGAUAUUUCUGAAAUUAAAAUAGCUUUGCUUCCAUAUGUAAGAUUGCACCAGCUGUUUUUCUUCCCACCUACAUGAAAUAAAUCUAUGGAUCUUUCUUUCCAGCUAGUUGCACCUACUUAUUUAGCAUGGCUGUCUCUCCGGUGAACUGAAUCAGUCAAUUAAGUUACUCUUUAAGCUUAGAGCUGUUUGUUAAAGCAGCGGUAUUAAAGGAGGAAAAUUUCUCUGUGGAAGCAAUUGCCUGUUGGGGAAUCACCCGUGGGAGCAGCUGCAGAGGGUGUAGUCAGGACAGCAAAACCUGAAAGCUGGUGGGAAGAUAACAAGUGCCUGGGACUGAACUUGUAAAGAAGUGGGGAGAUAAGUCUACCAGUCAUGAAACGAAUUCUUCUGUUUUUUAUCCUGGCUGCUGCUGUUAUGUAUGGUAUACUGCACGGAAAUCUGUGGAGAAAUAACCUCUACUGGAUUAGCUUUUAUGGACAGACUGCCUCUGUGAGGGCUCCUCCUUCCUAUGAGACUAGUGGAGUUACUCAGCUGCCACCUACGGCUGUGGAGAGAAGGAACGCGCUGGACACCUGUCUCCUGAAACCAGCAUUUGGAUCUUUACUGGGUGUUGACAAAAUAUACCCAUUCCUGUGUGCUAAUGAUUUUAUCAGAGUGGCGGAGUUCCAUGGGAGCGAUAAGUUUGAACUACCUUAUGGAAUAAAGAGAGCAGAGCAAUUUUUUCGUUUAGCCCUUUCAAGACUUCAGAACUGUGGACUUUCCAGUGAAAAUGACAGUGUUGCCUGUCGACGGUGUGUUGUGGUUGGUAAUGGAGGAGUACUUCGAAAUAAGACGUUAGGGGAGAAGAUUGACUCAUAUGAUGUGAUAAUAAGAAUGAAUAAUGGCCCUGUUAUAGGGUACGAAGAGGAUGUUGGGAGGAGGACAACUUUCCGCCUUUCUUACCCGGAAUCCAUCUUCUCAGAUCCAAUCCACUACGACCCUAAUACGACUGUUGUUCUCAUCGUAUUCAAACCACGUGACUUGAAGUGGCUUUGGGAGAUACUAAGUGGUCAGAAAAUAAGUGCUAAAGGCUUUUGGAAGAAACCGGCUCUGAACAUGAUAUACAAAUCUAGUCAAAUCAGGAUUCUUGAUCCCAGCAUUACCAGAAAAACUGCUUAUGAAUGGCUUCGCUUCCCAACGAGGUUUCCCAGAAAGGAGAAACCCAAGCAUCCAACAACAGGGCUGAUUGCCAUUACGCUCGCGUUUCACAUAUGCCAUGAAGUUCACCUGGCAGGCUUCAAGUAUGACUUCACUGACAAAAACAGUUCUUUGCACUACUACGGCAAUGACACGAUGUCUCAGAUGAUGCAGAAUGAAUACCACAACAUCAACGCUGAGCAGAAAUUUUUGAAGAAGCUUAUAGACAAGAACUUUGUGGUCAAUUUGACAUGAAAGCUGAAUGGAGAAGAUGAACAAUCACUAUUUUCAAAAUUUAAAAAAGUUUUAUUUUUUGUAUGACAUUUUUAUUUUUUAAGUGCAGCUUAACUGUUUACUGUUUAAAAGGAGCACAGAAACCUCACCAAGGCAAAAGCUUCUUCUCAGCCUAAGGGUAGUGGAGUGUUGCAAACAGAGUUAACUGAAUUUCUGUGAAGCUAUUUAAUAAUGGGAAAACCGUGAAACUUGCAGCUGAAAGUAUCAGGGAUAUAUAAUAAUGUGGUGCACAUUGUUUAUUUAUCAGCAAGAACUCUUUUCAAAUGAUUACUUCUCUGGAAUACUUCUGUUUCUGAUGUUUUGUCCUCCAAAACAGUUACACUGUCAAGAGACUGAGACGACCAGUGUUUAAUUAGGAGAGGGUUGUAAAGUCUUGAACUUCUGUCUUGUAGUAGGAAAAUGGCUUUAAAACAAUGCCUAUAAAUCAUUACUCACUGUUUGGGAGAAGGGGGGAACAUACAGAGUGGGCAGGUAUUGGUCUGCCCUACUCCUGAGGAGGGGACAUCCAUCUUCAGCAGAGAAGCCACGGCUGCUGUGCUGGCCAUCGAUGCUGAGCUGCUGCCUUGGCCAGAGGUGCAGACCCUUGGGCCUCACCUGUGGAGGUGCUGGUAUUGACAAUGCUCGUGUUGUACCCAUUUUAUGGGAAACCAUACUCCCUGUGCUGGGCCUCCAGUAAAUUUCCCACUUGGUGUCUUCACUUAGAAAAGAGGGAGUAUGAAGACUGAAGAGUUGUCCUAACUACCUGCAUGUCAGCUACUUCCCCCAGACCACAACAGAAACAUGAGCUGGGACAGAGGUGCUCACGCCUGAGUAAAAUUAGUGCCAACGCCUGUUGGGUUCCUGGAUCUUCUGAACAGGAUCUCAUGUACAUUUCUGUUUGCUCUCCAAGAACUGAGGUGUAUUUUAUCAAACGAACACAAUCUCCUCUCAGAUGCUGUAAUGCAUUUCCACCUCUGAAAUGCAUCAAUGAGCAAUGAAUGUGCCCGGUUUUGGCAGUGGAGUGCUAGGAAAUGUCCAAGAUGUGUACCUCAGCUGAAUUGUCAUUUGGUUUCUAUUUACCUCUCCUGUCUUGACAUUGAAGGUUUAAAGGAUGUGGCUGAACUAAGUCGUUUAGCAGUGGGAACUUCCUUGGGAUUUUAAUUGAAACAUUUAAUGGGACAUUUAUGUUUUCUGUAUUGGUUUGUCUCAGACAAGGCUGCUGAAUAAGUUUAAAUCUGCUUGGGAAUGCCCUUGGCAACUGUCAAAGAAGAACAAGUAAUAAGCUCUUCCAGUUCUCUCAUGGGCGUGUGUGUAUAUAUAUAUUUUUAAUUGUCACAGAUUUGCUUGAAGAUCUUGUUGGUUAUCUUGAUCAGUCACACUUAAAGCACAAAGAAGUCUACUUUAAAAAAGUCUUUAAGGUUGGUAGAAAAACCCAUGCUGCUUUUUCAUAAUAUAGAGUUUUAGUGUGUUUAGGAGCAGUGCAAACAAUUACAAUAUGAGUACAAACCUCCAGCAGCUCAAGAGCAUGGUGAUUGUGUUUUCAGAAGCUGAGGAUUACAAGAGUACUAAACACAAUUUCUGUGCUGUGACAACGUAGAGGAAUAAGCAUUGAUGUGACCAAAGAAUCAUCUUUCUUUUCCUGUUUCUCUUGCAGAGUGCAGUAAGUAUUUAAAAAAAAA